CAGACUUGGUCUUAUAUAGCGUGCGCCGGGAGCCCGCCGGCCUCUAGCGGAGUGAUUUGGCGGCAGGAUGUCUCAUAGGAAGUUCUCAGCUCCCAGACACGGUUCCUUGGGCUUCUUGCCUCGGAAGCGCAGCAGCAGGCAUCGUGGGAAGGUGAAGAGCUUCCCCAAGGAUGAUCCGUCCAAGCCUGUCCACCUCACAGCCUUCCUGGGAUACAAGGCUGGCAUGACCCACAUCGUGCGGGAAGUCGAUAGGCCAGGAUCAAAGGUGAAUAAGAAGGAAGUUGUGGAGGCUGUGACCAUCGUGGAGACACCGCCCAUGGUGGUCGUAGGCAUCGUGGGCUAUGUGGAAACUCCUCGAGGCCUCCGGACUUUCAAGACCAUCUUUGCGGAGCAUAUCAGCGACGAGUGCAAAAGGCGCUUCUACAAGAACUGGCAUAAAUCUAAGAAGAAGGCCUUCACCAAGUACUGUAAGAAAUGGCAGGAUGAGGAUGGCAAGAAGCAGCUGGAGAAGGACUUCAGCAGCAUGAAGAAGUACUGCCAAGUCAUUCGCAUCAUUGCCCACACCCAGAUGCGCCUGCUUCCUCUGCGCCAGAAGAAGGCCCACCUGAUGGAGAUCCAGGUGAAUGGAGGCACCGUGGCUGAAAAACUGGACUGGGCCCGGGAGAGGCUAGAGCAGCAGGUCCCCGUGAACCAAGUGUUUGGGCAGGACGAGAUGAUCGACGUCAUCGGGGUGACCAAGGGCAAAGGCUACAAAGGUGAGCUUCGUAGCAGCUCAAGUUGCUGUGGUCUCAGCCCAGCUGUUCAGUGAUGAGGCCUGGAAUGCGCGCUGGGCACAGCGCCCGAGUCAGACUGCGGAACCAUUCCUGUUGCCUUCCUUCUGAGAACAGCCCUGUGGCCAGGCUUGGCUGGUGUGGGGGGCUGGGGUGACCUGAACUUGGAGGAGUCAUUUCCACAGAACGAUUCCCUGUUUGUCUUGCCUGGUCUGUGCUGACGCUGUGGCCUUGUUUUAUUUCAGGGUGGUUUUGUCCACUACGGUGAAGUGACCAAUGACUUUGUGAUGCUGAAAGGUUGUGUGGUGGGAACCAAGAAGCGAGUGCUCACCCUCCGCAAGUCCCUGUUGGUGCAGACCAAACGGCGGGCUCUGGAGAAAAUUGACCUCAAGUUCAUCGACACCACCUCCAAGUUUGGCCAUGGCCGCUUCCAGACCAUGGAGGAGAAGAAGGCGUUCAUGGGACCACUUAAGAAGGACCGAAUUGCCAAGGAAGAAGGAGCUUAAUGUCAGGAACAGAUUAUAUAGCUGGGGGGAUCUCAAUAAAAGCUGUUUUCCAAUGACA